GUCAAUAGUUCUAAUUGGCAAGCAAAUUAAUAAACCAUAAAAACAAGCUUCAUCUUAGCAGGGCGCUUUUGCUGGACACAAAUUAUAUAAGCCACAUAAAUUCAUAGACAAAGCAUACAUUCUAGAUCCACCAACCCAAAAAAGCAAAUUGAUUCUCCAUUUGAGUUGAAAUGGCUAGUUUGCAAGCUUUGUUCUUUGUCCUAUUUCUCACUGCAAUUGCAUUCCAACAAGUUUUAGUUGAUGCAACUAUUUACAAAAGCAUGUAUAUCACCUGGGGUGCCCAUCAGUCAGCAAUUCUGGGCAAUGGCGACGACCUUCAGCUUGUGUUGGAUCAAAGUUCAGGCUCUGCUGUUCAAUCAAAGAGAUCAUUCUUAUUUGGAAGCAUAGAAAUGCUAAUCAAACUAGUGCCCGGAAACUCUGCUGGAAUAGUAACAGCCUACUAUGUAUCUUCACUUGGGAAUAUGCAUGAUGAAAUCGAUUUUGAGUUUUUGGGAAACAUUUCUGGAGAACCAUAUAUCCUUCAUACAAACAUCUAUACACAAGGAAAUGGAAGCAAAGAGCAGCAAUUCUAUCUUUGGUUCGAUCCAACUGCUGAUUACCACAACUACACAAUACAUUGGAAUCCCACUGAAAUUGUGUGGUAUGUUGACAGUCUACCAAUUCGUGUUUUCCGCAACUAUGAGAGCGAAGGGAUUGCCUAUCCUAAUAAACAGGGGAUGAGAGUAUACUCCAGCAUAUGGAAUGCCGAUAACUGGGCAACGAGAGGUGGACUUGUCAAGAUUGACUGGAAUAGUGCACCUUUCAUAGCCAGAUUCCGCAGGUUCAGGGCAAGAGCUUGCAAGUGGGACGGCCCAGCCAGAACUAGUGUAUGUGCCUCCAGUUCCCCAGGCAACUGGUGGACGUCACCUCGUUACAAGCAGCUAACCUAUGCCCAGAUGGGUCAAUUGCAGUGGAUCAGAGAUAACUAUCUGAUCUAUGAUUACUGCCACGAUGCUAAAAGAUUCAAUGGGCAGAUCCCUCCUGAAUGUUUCAAAGCACAAUUCUAAAAUAAUCAAGGACCCUGGUGUGUUUUCAUUCUAAAGCUAGGAGCUCUCCUGCAAACAGGGACUGUCAAGUUUACAAAUUUCACCCGAUGUUCUGUUUAUUUAUUUUUUUUAAAACCUUCCUGAUGUUCUGUUUCUUUAUCC